UUGUUGAACUGUUCCAGAUCUUGUCGAAUAUUUAUUUUUUUCUAGGUCAUUCUUUAUUUUGAGCAAGUUUCCAUGUUCCAAGGUCGGCGUUUGUGAUGAGUUUAUCCCUGCCGGUGAUUUUUCUGCUGGGAUCUUUGAGCUUCGUCGGACUCGUGUUACUUCUGUUGGUUCUGAGGCAUGUGGUGAGCAGAGGGAAGACGAGCUUUAACCCGUGUGCGGAUCAUGUUCGGGAGUGCGGAGCGCAGUGUGCGCUUUUCUGUCGGUGCCGCGGGCCCGGGUUAUUUUCUUCUGCAUGUGACUGGCGAGAUUGUUUCGGAUUGCCAGCUUAUCGUGAAGAGGAUGAGGAUACUGAGCCCGGUGGAAUUUCCAAGUGGAUUCGUGUCAUUCAUCGAAAACAUUCCCGAACUUCUGUCAGCGGCGAGGACGGGCACGAAGCACCUGAAAAUUCAGUGAAGCCACGCAGCACCGCAGAAGUUCCCCAUAUGGUUGCCCACUACAAAAAAAUUCUCGAGAAAGAAGGGAAAAUCAAGUCCAAAAAGAAGCCCAAUCCUCCAGAAGUCAUCGAAUGCGUGGGUGUUGUCAAUGAAUUGAAGCUCAAGCCUCAUCGUCACAAACGAAAUUUCUUUUCGAAAUCCGCGUUUCGAACCCGGGAUGGCAACAUAGAUGUGAUUGAGGAAGAGCCUGAAAACUUUUCCAAAAGUCAAAGCGUUGAAAUUGCUGACGAAAAUGAUGAAAGCAGGACGAAAGCGUCGCUGGUAGCUGUGCCAAAGACUCAUGAUCGCCGACGCAACAGACGAUCCAAGACAUUUGCUACUGAAAAUGUUUUACAUUCGCCAGCCUGGAACAAAGAAGAGACUGAGAGGGAACCUGAAAAUUCGUUGCAGAUUGAUAAACGACGCUCUGUUCUUGAGAAAUGGUUUCGGAAAUCAAAAUCGAAAGAUUUAACCCUAGAAGAGUCCAAAAGUGUGAACGUGUCCGUCGUAGAAUGCCAAGAUCAGCAGGUUCAGCGUCUUGGUUCAUUCAGAAAAUUCCAACGGAAAGUCUCGGGUUUAUUCGCCAGUUCUCCCGAAGAUCCAAAUCAAAUGCCUGCGUCCAAUGAAGAUGCGUUGAAUGCUUCAUCUACGAGUAUCCAUCGUGCAUCCGAAGAAACUGAAAGCGACUCAUUCCAACCCGAAAGUAACAAGGAAAGUGUGGAAACAUCGCCGAAGAAAUCGAUGAAGCGUCGAAUCUCUUCCAUGUUGAGCUUCAGGAAAAAAUCUGAAUCCCGGGAAAAUUUGGCUCUCGAGCAAGACCUCGAGGUUUCAAACACAGAAGCCUCAAACCAGAAAUCUGUUAUUCAGUCCCGCGAAGACGUGGAGACUUCGGUGCAAAAUGAAACUCACUCAACUUCAGCGGAUAGCUCAAAAGCCAGCGGUGUUUCCUCUAAUUGGAGGCGGAUUUCAUUGAGCAAAGGAAACAUUUUCCGCAAAAACCGACCAUUGGAGGAAUUCCAUGAGGAUAAAUGA